UUUACAGCAAGGUGUCUCAUGCCCGAGCUCUCACUAUCAAGACAUCCUUUCCAUCUGCUUGAAGAGUGGCGCGUCUAAUUGGCAGCACUGACCUUCAGGCAAAAAGGUCGAGCGUUGUGAGGGUGGAGCCUGAUGGAUCAUGGUGGUCAGUUUGAGGAGGAGGGCAAAGUAAUGUCACAACUUCAGGUGGGCGGGAUUGACCUCUGUGAUAACCUACCCAGCCCUGAAGCUCUCAGUGCUGCCCAAAGCCGAAACCUCAACGAGACAAACACACUCACACAGACUCAGAGUCCCUCUCCUUCUCAAAAUGACAACAGCAAGGAUGAAGAGGGUGAACAGGGGAAGGAGGGAUACAAAGGUACAGACAGAGAGGAGGAUGAUGAAGAAGACAUUGAUGAGGUGAUGAAGGAAGAGGAGGAUGAAUCGGAGGGAUCCAGUUGUCGAAUUCACUGCCAGUCUCCAGACACUCCAAUGACCGAUUCCUCCUAUUCUGAAACCGGCAGUCUGUUAGAGACUCCGUAUCCUUUCAGUCCUGCGACCAGUCCAGAGCCUACAUCCCCUGUCAUUCCAGAGGUCUGUCCAGAAACCGCAUAUCCCAUCAGUCCAGUGGAACUGAGCCAGAGUGAUGCUGAAGUGGACUUUGAUAACUCCAACACUGGAUCAUUCGCCUCUACUACAGGGUCCAUUACCUGCACAUUAGGACCUGCCUUCACCACAGGGCCUAUAGAGUCUACAGCACUAACUAUGACCUCAGACACCAGGUGCACCAGCCCAGUUGGGCCUUCAUGUAUCACAGAAACUACAGCCAGAAUAGCAAAAAAUACUAACUCCACUACAGAGCAUCUUACCUCAUCUACAGAGCCUGUUGUCAGCCAUGCAUGUACCAGAGGACCAGCUACUCCAUAUGCAGAACCUGUCACAUCACCUGCAGAGACAUUUACAGUAACUGCUUGCGCCACAAGACUCAACACAUCCAUUGCUUCUUCUCCUACGAGUGCAACAACAGGACCCAGUACUGUCACCACAGGACCUACAACUACCGGUACAGAAUCCACUUCCACCUCAAUCUUAAAUUGGGAACAUAUUACCUCCACUCCAGAGCCCACUUGUUUAUCAUUCUCCACCUGCACCACAGGACCUAUCCCAAGCCCUGCUCUACUGGCGUCUCUGGACCAAUUGGCACACAGAGGAGACGACACCCACUUUCCACAGUACCUUCAUCAGAUUGCUGAGGCCUUUGUCCAUCAUGAAGAUUACCAGCGGGCAUUAUGGUGCAUCCAACUAGAGAGACUCUAUCACCAGAGAGUAUUGGACAACCUGAAUGCACUACAGGAACAGUGGGGGAGUCAUUGUAGAGGGACCUCCUCUGGCUUGGCAACCCAACAUCUGGAUACUCUGAGACACAUCUGCCAGACGCACAGUCGACCAAGGACUGGACAUGCUGUGUGUGCGUCUCUGGACAUUUUGAGGCCUGUAUUUGAAGAAGGUAUUGCACAGCCUUCAUGCACCUCAGUCCAUCAGAUUGAAGGAGGGAUGGAGCAGAGAGCUGAAGACUCCUCCCAUUCUCAGAGCAGCCAUCCAGCAACCAUUAGUUCGGAAGAUAGGCUCAAUUCCCCUGAGAAGUCCGAAAAGAACAGAGAAGACCCAGACGGCAAAUUAAAGGGGAGGGACGGUGUCCAUGGAACUCCACUUACUGACAGGGAGGGAGGAGGAGUGCCGGGAUACACCAUUCCAGUGAGAGGAAAUGGAUUGCACCCCCUCACAGCUGGAGAAAUGGGUCAGUCCAAGCCCGCAGAGCAGCAGGGAGGAGAUUUAGGACCAGUACAGGAAAAGGAGGCAAAAAAGGAGGAAGAGCAGGGGGACGUAGAGCAUGCAGAAGAGGCUCUGGAGAUGGAAGAUGAGGCAGAAGAUGAAGAGGAAGAUAAACGGAAGGAAAGAGACUCUCCUUUUUGUCAGAAAGCACUCCCAGUGGAGACUCUGGUCAGCGAGGCUGAGGUGGAAGUACAACAGCUGCACCAGGAAGCCCAAGCUGAGGAGAAGCUACAUGAGGAGACCCAGGAAAGCAAUAAAACCUGCCUGCCCCAGGAGGCCCACCUUCCAGAACAGGCUCAUAUAAAACAGCAGGAGCAGGAGGAGGGAGAGGUGGAGGAAGAAGAGGAGGAGGAAUACGAAGUAGAGCAAGUUGACAUCAUCAGACAAGCUGCCACACUGGACGACAUGGCUAAACUCAUCACUGUAGAGGAGCUAUCUCCUGCCUCUGGCCUCGUCUCCAUACUGAAAAAGCGUAGCGUCCGUAUGGACAACAUGAGUGCGUCUGUGAGUUCAGAGCCCCGACCUGACAAACCCUCCAACAAGAGACGGGUCCGCUUCAAAGUUCCUGAUGACGCCUAUGACCAGGAUGUUGGCAGUGGAGACUCCUGCUUGCUUCUCUUCCUACUUUGUCUGGUUACCGUAGUGAUCAGUGUGGGCGGCACCGCCCUUUACUGCGCUCUGGGUGAUGCCCACUCUUCGGUCUGUCAGGACUUCUCCAGAAAUGCGGACUUCUACUUUGGCCAGAUUCAGCGCGGGAUAUCUCAGAUCCAGCACUGGUUUACACCAGGGUUGUAGUAGUAAAGCAUUUCAUCAACAUUGUGGAGCCACUGGCUUUUGUGUUCAUCAAAUAGCAUUCGAUGCUACUUUCUAGGACAGGUUUUUUUCAGGCAGUGGUGCCAGGCAGCUGCUCCGGUCCCAGUUUCUAUUUGGAGCUUCAGAAUUGGCUAAACAAUUAUAUCAGAUACAGUCGGCAUUUGUAAGCCUACUCCACUGCAUUUUAGUGCUCUUUGAAUACUAUCCCAGAGUCCAUUGAGACUAAAAGUCACAGGUCAGAUCACGUGUCAUUCCCUUUACUACACUAGCUUUAAAGGGAACACAGUACUGAGAGAAAGAUGACAACUUGAAGAUGAAGAGCGCAUAAUGAAAGAGGAAGAACUGACCCAUGGGGCCUCUCAGCCCUGUCAACAAUAAAUAGGACAUACAUCCUCAAGCUAAGUUUAGAGAUUCUUAUUGUGAUUUAAGCAUUCUACUGAACUAGCUGAGAACCGUCUUCCGUACAGACAUUCACUGUCAGCCAGUGAAACUCCAGUUUAUAAAUCAACCAGGACUGGAUACAAAAAUUCACUGACUCAUACUGGACUCUGAGUCUCGACUCUCUCACUUAAGAAUAAGAAACAAUGUGAGCUGAAACCUGCAGAGUUGUAGAAAAUGAUAUAAAAUGUAAAGUUUGUUAACUGGGGGGCAGAGAGAUGCCCUGCCUAUACAUACUGCACAAAUGGGAAGUGUCCCAAUGGGCAUUUUACUAGAUGUUGCAACCACUUGUGUUGCUUUUAUUGUUGACUUUUUUAAAUCACAUGAAAUUUUAAGAUGAACAAACCAUCUUGUGGUCUACUACUUGGAAUGAAAUCAUUAUGUCUUAAUCCUGUCUUAAACCUUUGAAUGAAUGUUUGCGGCGUUAAAUGUUAAACUUUUGUCAUCUGUGGGGCAUUUAUAUAUUGUCAGAAAAAAAUUGAAAAUGUUAUUUUGUUAUCUGUCAAAACUGAGCUGCUGCUGGACAAUAGGCACAUCAAAUGUAACUCAAGGGGGAAAAUUACACAAUUUAAUGCAAACUACUGAGAUCUGCAUUGCAUUGCUUUUGCAACGAGCAUUCGCUGAAGAAUAUCAGCUUUGUUCUCUUUGUACUGUACUUUUCCCCUACACACAUUUGACACAAGUCUCCUGUCGCUGCCCUUUUCUGUAAAAUUACCAACAAUGGAUUUGCAAUGAGCUGACAUGGCUGCCACUGGGGACUAGAGUCUGAAAUAUGUGUUUAUGUGUUUCAGUGAGCUAGAUUAAGCACUGCUUUGUGUAGCAUAUGCAACAUGUACAGGAACACAGUGCACCACUGUAUAUAUUCUCUCAAGAAUGUUUAACAUGUUGCACAUAUGAAUGGUACAAUUGUUUUUUGGUUUUUUUUAAGAUAUUGCAAUAUUUCUUAAGGCAUUUUUCUGUCAGCCCUGGAAUAAGAGCAGGCUUUACAUGAUUUGAUCGGAAACAAAAUAUAUUCAAUAUCCACAAACUGUCUUCAGGCUCAGUGUGAAAAGUAUUUACCAGAUAAGACACUUGAAUAGAAGAAAAUACUUAAUUCUUGGCUAGGUAUGGAAUAUGUUAGUAAAAAUUUGGUGAAUGACAACUAAUAAUUCAGUCUAAAUUAUCAGCAUAAACCUCGAUGUUGAUGGGAUUAUUUGAAGGACGGUGGCAGUCCUGCUCUCAUGGAUAUGGACAUCAUCAGCAUUUUGCAUUAUUUUCUCAUUUGCUUUUUUAUGCAACUCGAAAGGAUUUUUUUCCACAGCUUGGGCUUCAUCAAGAGUCAUUAAUUUAACAUUUGCCUGUUUUGUUAAACUUGUGUCGUGGAGUGGAGAACUGUUUUCCUUUCUGAAAUGUGUUUUCUUCUGGGGCCUAAUCUUUAUAUUAACCCCGGUGCAUUAACUCUUUCAGUUUAAAGCAAAUUUUGGUCUUAUUCGGGUCGUUUUUAGUGCUUAAGAUCACUCUUUGCUUUUGUCAGGCAUUUUUACGUUCAUACAUAUGUGUUAUUAAGACAUGUCAGUGUGGACGCCAUAACAAGUGCCCUAGAGAGACAUAUCUCACAAAGGUCUUAAUUGUCGAAAAUAAACAGUACAGAUCUCCCAUCCUCACCAGAGAGGAGAGAUUCCAGUGUCUUACCUAUGCAUUUUGAGCAGUUUAAGUUUAAAACAGUAUUACUUAUCACUCACAAAAAUUAGAAAAUUGAUUUGACAUAUGAGGUUCUCCCAGGAUGUAAAGAAUAAUAGGUUUAUUUUUUAUUUUAUUUGCACAUGUCCUCUGGCUGGUUCAGAUGACUAUGACUCAAAAAACCUCUUAUUUAAUCUGUAGCUGAUUUUAAUUAUUUAUGAUAAAAAGGAUGCAAAGUGUAAGUGGAGAUGAAAAGUAUGAGAUGAAUCUUGGUUUUUGUUUGGCAUAUUCACUUGAUUGUAAUCAUUCUAUGCAUUAAAUAGCUUUUCAUCUCUUAUAUUUUCUUAAGAAGGCUUUGGCAGAGGUUAUUUUAUAACUGAACUCUUAUUAACGCCAUCAUCUAGGUCAUAGUUGGUUAUUUUAAUCUAGCUACUGAAAAUGAUUUUAAAUUGGCAGGUUUGUUGUAUUUCUCUCAUUAUCACACAUGUUAAGUUUUGUGGUUCCUCCAGUCUAUAAACACAGGAUCGGUUUUAUUUGUUUCACACAGCUGGUUUAAAACAUGUCACUAGAACUGAACAAAUGAAAAGUUGUGUUUUUUUUUAUGUAUGAAUCAGUAGGGAGAGGUACCAUUAUCAACCUGUGGGAAUGUGUUUUAUGCAUUGAUAACUUAGUUGACAUUGUUCUUCCAGAGGGGAGGUUUUAAUCUUUUUGUUGUUUGCUGAAAACCACCUCUGCUCUGUUAUGUCUCCUGUUAAAGCCAUGAGAAAAAAAAGCUGUGAGCCUGUUUGUCUCUUCUGUCACAAUACUGAGCUGUGCUCUUCUUCAUACAGUAGCAAGGUAAUGGAUCA